AUGGCGCUGUGGCGGAUCCAGGCGGUGCUGGGGACGACGCUCGCGCUGGCGGUGGGGUCGUUCAACGCGGGGAGCGUGGCGACGAUGGCGGAGGCGGGGUCGCAGUUCGGCGCGCAGCUCGCGUGGGCCUUCGCCUUCGCGCACGGGCUCGCGCUGCUGCUCAACCUCCUCGCCAUGCGCGUCGCCUUCGCCACGCGCCAGUCGCUGCCGCUCGUGAGCCUCGCGCCGCCGCGCUGCCUUAUAAGAACUGUUUUAGGCUUUCCUGCCCUGAUCCACGGGUUUCGUCGCUCCGCGCUUCAUCGUCCACCCGGCACGCUCUCCUCUCGCCUGCGAAGAUUUUCGCCAAUCAGAUCGCGUCUUUCGCCGCAUUGCCCGCUGCCAAUCCUCCCCUUCGCUGCUCCUUCCCCCCCAUCCCCUCCCAUUUCCCCCCACCCCCCCCCGCUUCCCCCCGCGCGUGACCACGUGCGCGGCGCGCAGGUGAUCGUGCGCGAGUAUCCGCGCGCGUUCUGCCGGCUGGUGUGGGUCAUCUGCGAGGCGUCCGUGCUCUGGUUCGACCUCGUCACGGUGCGUACUAGGCAGCGCGGUGGCGCUACAGCAGCUGCUGGGGGUGCCCUUCAAGGCGGCGCUGCUGCUGCACGCUUCCUCUCGUCCCCCAUCCUUCCCGUUCCCCCCGGCCCCCUCCCCCUUUCCUUCCCCCAGGUACUAGGCAGCGCGGUGGCAUUGCAGCAGCUGCUGGGGGUGCCGUUCAAGGCGGCGCUGCUGCUCGCCGCGGGAUCGGGCGUGCUGCUGCUCCAACUGCCGCUGCCGCAGGCGCACCAGGCGGUCUCAGCAUGUGUGGCGUGCGCCCUCCUCGCGCUGCUCUGCGCGGCCCUGCAAUGCCUCCUCGCAGGGCCCGCCUUCCUGCUCGCGUCGCUCUCAGCGGCGCUGCUGCCAGCACUGCCGCCCGCCUCGCUGCACCUCGUGCUCGCUGCUAUCGGCGCGCUCGCCCUGCCCCACCGCUUCCUGCUGCUCUCCGCGCUCGUGCUGCAGGCGCCUCCUCUCUGCCAUCUAACAAUGCCCAUGCCCCUACAGCAGUCGUCGCCCUCCCAAGGCGAAACGCCCGUGCAUGUUAAGCAUGUGCCCUGCCUUCACCCCGCGCUCCUCCCGUCUCCCUCUCUGCCAUCCACCUCCCAGGACGACCCAAGCGCGCGCGAUCUCAUGGAACCGCCACCAGACACGCCAUCCUCCCCUCCUGACGCCUCCGCCUCCGCCUUCCACCCCUCUGCCACCCACCCCCUCGCCCCAGCCUCCCCCUCCUCCGCCUCCCUCUCCCCCUCGGACCCCCCCCACGCGCCGUCCCCCCAACAGCAGCAGUACCGCCGCGACUUCAUUCACUCCCAGCUGCUCGCUGCUGCCGCCACGCUCGCGCUGCUCCUAGGGGCCUCCGCCGUGGGGCAGGGUGCGGGGGUGGACGGGGGAGGGGCAGACGGACAGGAAGAUGGGGAAGGGUUUGAAGGGGUGGAGGGGGGUGGGGAGGGGCGGGUGGUGCGAUUGUGGGGUGUGUAUCGGCUGGUGGAGCAGGUGGUGAACAGCAACGUGGCGCCCACCUUCGCCUCCCUCGCUCUCCUCUCCUCCUUCCACCUCUCCACCCCCACCAACGCCUAUGCCGGCCAGCUCUCCGCCUCCACCUUCGCCCACGUGCACCUGCGCCCCUGGCACCGCUUCCUCCUCACCCGCGCCCUCACCCUCCCGCUCCUGCUCCUCCUCUCCCUCACCCUCGGGGACGCCGCCACGCUCUCCCUCCUCUCGCACUCGCAGCUCCUCCUAGCCCUCCUGCUCCCCCUAGCAGCCGUCCCCCUGGUGCGCCUGGCGGCGUCCCCCGCGCUCAUGGGGCGCCACCGCGUUGGCCCCGCGCUGGAGCUCGUCAGCUGGGCGGCGUGCCUCUCCGCGUGCGCCCUCUCUGUCUGGUUCCUCGGGGACGCACUCUUACGCUUCGCCACAGCAGAGGCAGUCGCGGGGGGCGCGGAUGGGGAUGAUAUCGGGGGAAUGGGGCUGUGGGAGUGGGUGGUGGCGGGGGAGUUUCUGUCCGCGGGGGGAGGAGAGGAGGACGACGGGGAGGGGCUGGCCGUGGGGCUGUCGCCGUCCGCUGUGUGGCGCAACGUUCGGCAGCUAGUGGCGGUGUUUGGCGGGACGGCGCUGGUGGGCGGCAUGCUGGGCGGGCUGCUUUGGCUCAUGCUGCUGCCGCUGCGGUCGGAGGACGAGCAGCAGCGCCGCCUGCUGCUCUCCCACUCCGCCUCCGCCUCCCUCUCCGCGCCCUCCCCCUCCUCCGCCUCCGCCCCCACCUCUCUCCGCCGCCCCCGCCCCCUGCCACUGGCAGCAGCGCAGGACAGGCGGGGAGGGGAGGCGCGGUGGGGGGCGGAGAGGGAGGGGAGGGCGGGCGCGGGGGGGACAUGGGAGCUGCCCCGCCCCUCCGCGUCCCCUGUGUCUGGGCCGCUGCCUGUGUUGCUCCCUGGCGCGGAGAGAGGGGGGGAGAGGGCGGGGGAGAAGGGGGAGGGCGCGGAGGGGGGGUCGUGGAACAGUGCACUGAGGAGGCGCGUGGGGGGGCAGCAGUGGCAGCAUGGGGGGGACAGGGGGGAGGUGGGGGAGGGCGUGAGGGGUGUGGUAUCAGAGGGGGUGGGUGGGUAUGGUAGCAGCAGUGGCAGUGGCGGUGGCGGUAUGGGUGGAGUGGGAGUGGGAGUGGGUGGGGAGCACAUGCGAGUGCAGCGAGCAGCGUCGGUGUCGGGGUGUGUGGCGGAGAGGGAGGUGGGCGGAGGAAUGGGCGCAGGUGUGGGCGUGCAGGGGGGAAGUGGCAGGGAGGCGGAGAGGGGCAGGCAGGGGGCGGGGAGAGCCAGCAUGCUGUCAGCGGCAGGUGGCGAGCAGUGGCAGGUGAAGGAGGGGGGGGCGCAGCUACAAGCAGGCCGGCUUGGUGGGGAGGAGCUCGCUGUCUCUGUGCGUGCUGUGGCAACCGCAGCAACAGCCACAGCAGCAGCUGGCGCAGCCGCAACAGGUGCGGGAGCGGCAGCAGCAGCAGCUGUUGCUGCAGGUGGGAAGGCAGGGGAGGAGAGGAGGGGAGAGGGCGAGGGGGGUGUGGGAGGGGGAGAGGUGGUGGUGGCACCGGGUUUUGAGGCGCCUCAACAAGCGGUGGUGGCACCGGCAGUGGCGGGCGAAGGGCGUGUGGGCGACCCUGUGCUGCCUGCCCCUGCACCGGUUGUACCGUCACCAAUUGCCCCCGCCCCGGUUGCAGCUACACUGGUUGCACCUGUACUGGUUGCACCCGCACUGAUUUCAUCUGCUGAGAAGGUUUCAUCUGCUGAGAAGGUUUCAUCUGUUGAGAAGGUUUCAUCUGCUGAAACAGUUUUAUGCACUGACAUGGUUUCGCCUGCUGAGAAGGUUCCAUCUGCUGAGAAGGCUUCGUGUGCUGACAGGGAGGGGGUGAUGCGAGGAGAGGGGAGCGCGGAGACUGCUCAGGAGGAGAGCGGCGAGGAGGAGAAGAACGGUGGGGAGGGGGGCGGAGGCAAGGAGGAGGGGGUGGUGGUUCCGUUUGACAGAGCGGUGACUCUGGCGGAUGGCGUGGCGCGUGUGCGCCAUGGCCCUGGUGGGGGCACUGGGCAGGGCGAUUGUGGUGCCGGCGCAGGGGAGACUGGGGGGGGAACAGCAGGGCGUGGGGAGACGGGCGAGCAAGGGGAGAUGGGCAACGAGCAGACGGGCAGGGAGUGUGGGGAGGCGGCGAGGUGGGAGGGUGUUGUAGGUGCGGAGAAGGUGAGUGAGGGAAUGAGCGUAGUGGAAGGAGGAGGUAUGGAGAAAGGACGUGUGGUGCAGGGAGGGGAGGGAGGGGAGGGAGGGGAGGGAGGGGAGGGAGGGGAGGGAGAGGAGGGUCGAGAAAAAGGAGAGGAAGAGGAGAGAGGAGAGGGAGACGGGGAGAGAGAGGAGAGUGGGGAAUGCAGUGAAGCAGAUAAGGAGGCGAGAGAGAAAGGCAACGAGACGGCUAAUGAAGAGGCGAAGAAGAGUAGUGUUGAGGCAUCGGGGGCGAUUGGAGAGUCAAUGGAGGAGGGCGAUGGUGGCUUGGCGGAGAAGGGGGGGGCGGGAGUGGACAGGGAGAGGGGAGAGAAGGGAGACGACGGGGAGAGAGGGGCGAAGGGAGAGGAGGGGGAGAAGGGGGAGAAAGGCGAGAGGAAAGGGGAGGUGGGAGCGGAAACGGAAGGGCUGGGGGGAAGGGAAGCGGAGAGGAAGGAGGAAGGGGAAUUGGGAGUAGAUGGGGAGCAACGAGGGGGCGAAGAGCAUGUGGAGGACGGGGUUGGGAAGGAGGCAGAGGCACGGGAGGCCAUGCACAUUGGGGACAGCUUUGGGACGGGGGGAGCUGAAGAGGAGGCUGGCGCGGGCAGGGUAGAGGGGGAAGGGGAAGAAAAGGGUGGGGAGGUUGCGGAGGGAGGGAAGGGAGGGAAGAGUGGAGAGGAUGGGGCAGUGGAGCAGCGAGGAGAAGGCAAGGACAAGGGGCGAGGGGACACAAAAUUGGAUGGGCAACAACAGGCGGGACAGGAGGCGGCAGGAGAGGGGUCGGUGCGUGCAGGUGAGGAGGCAGCAGCAAGUGCGGCUGUGGGUGAGGGGGGAAGGGACGUGGGAGCUGUGGCGCACAGCCAGGCGCCCAUGGGCGGAGGGCAAGCGCGGGCUGAGGGGCAUGGGGUGGGCGCAGGUGGCGGGGCAGGGAAGGGGGAGCAGGCUGACGAGGCUGUUGUGCCUGUGGGGAAGGGGGAGAGGCGGGCGGAGAGGGAGGCAGGGGAGGAGGGGGUUGAGGGUGAGGGCGCAGGGGAGGCGAAGAGGCACCGGGUGGAGGGAGGCGGUGGUGGGGAGGCGGGGGGAGGGGCAGUGGCGGAGGAAGGGCCAGGGGCGGACGCAGGGGCAGGGGCGGAGGGCGCAGGGGAGAUGGAGGUGGAGGAGCAGGAGAAGCGGGUGGUGGCAGUGGGAGGAGUGGCGGAGCAGCAGCAGCAGCAGCAGCAGCAGCAGCAGCAGCAGCAGCAGUCCCACGUGGCCCGGUCAGCCCUGUCCAAAUCCCCACCUCUGCCCGACUCCACCCCCCUCCUCCCUGCCCCUAUGCCCCGCACGCCUUCCCCCCCGUCCGCCCAGGCUGCGCCCUUCACUGGUGCGCGCAGCAGCAUAGGCAGCCCCUGCGGGUCUGGAUCCCUCUCUGACCUUCUGCACCACUCCCAACCGCGCCAGCACUCCUCACUGCUCGCAUCCGCUGCUGCAGCUGCUGCGAGGGGCAGUGAUGGCGAUGGGCUGGGCGCUCUGCCGUCUGGGGCGGGUGGCAUGGGCGGCAGUGGCAGCAUGGGCGGCAGUGGGAGCGGCAGCCUGUCACGUGUGUCUGGGCUGGGCAGGGGUGCGAGGAGGCAGUUUGCAGCCAUUCUGGACGAGUUCUGGGGAGGAUUGUUUGACCUGCACGGCCAGCCCGUGCCCCUGCCCGCUGCCCGCCCCCCGGGGGGGAGCAGCAAGGCGGGGGGGAAGGGGGGAGGGGAUGGGGGGAAGGGGAAAAGAGGUGGGGCGGAUGGGAGUGCGGGUGGAGGGGUGGGAGGGAUUGGAGUGGGCGCUGGUGCUUGCUCCAGCAUGCUUGGGGCUGCUGCCACUGCCACUGCUGCUACUGCCACUGCUGCCGCUGCCGCUGCUGUCGGUGCUGCAAGCAGUGCCGGCGGCUACGGUGGUGGUGGCGGGGGUACAGCAGCAGGUGCGGCAGCAGCAGCAGCAGCAGCAGCAGCAGCAGCAGCAGCGGUGGUGGGGGGUGCAGCAGGCAAUGCGGGCAACGGAGCACAUCCCUUCCCACCCGCCCUCCCCUCAGAGGAUCAUCUCUUCUCCCCCGACCCGCUCCCCGACUCCCUCUCUCUCACCGCCUCCCUCACUCUCCCGGACCCCCUCGCCCUCACCGCCCACCGCCGCUCCUCCUUCGACGCCUCGUCCCCCCCGCCCCCCCUCCACGACCCCUUUCUCUCCCGCGACCCCUUCUCCGCCCGCCCCACCCUCUCCCGCCCCCCCACCGCAAUGUCCCCCCUCCUCUCCUCCUCCUCCGCCGCCCACCCCUCCCCCUCCGCGCGCCAGUACAGCACACUGGCGCAUCUCCCCAAGUUCUCCGACCUGCCCCCCCAGCAGCAGCACUCGCUGCUCACCGCACCCCCCUUCCUCCCCUCGCUCUCCUCCCUCUCUGCCUCCCCCGCGCCUGGCGGCCCUCACAGGGAGGUGGAGGGCCCCAGUCGCUCCACCCCCAACCUGUACGCGGAUCUGCUCGCGCAGGGCUAUGGGGGAGGCGGGGGGAGGGCGGGCGGGGGAGGGGGAGGCGGAAUGGGGCUGGGAGGAGGGCGGGGGGCGUUUGGAGCGGUUGGGUCGGCGGCUAUGGGCGGAUCUGGGAUGUCUGCUGCUGCUGGGCUGCUGGGUGCCGCCGCUGCUGCUGCUCCCUUCACCCCUCUGUACCAGCAACAGCAGCAGCAACAGCAGCACCAGCAACAGCAGCAGCAACAGCAGCACCAGCAACAGCAGCAGCAGCACGCAUCCUCCUCUUUCUUCUCCUCCCAGCCGCACCCACACUCGCAACAGCAGCAGCAACAGCAGCAGCAACAGCUGAACGAGCGCUUGGAUCAGUUGGCACAGAGCUAUGCAAGCUUUGCUCCUCCAGACGCCAUGCGAGGCACCAACCCCCUCUCCCAUGCGCACGCCCAUGAUCAACCCCAGGGCUACCCCCAGGGCCACCCGCAGGGCCAUCCGCACGCCCCCAUGCACCAGCUGGUGGGGGCCUCCCCCUCCGCUCCCCCCGGCUUCCCCUUCCCCCGCCACCCCUCCCCCCCUGCGCCUGCAGGGGCGCCGUGGGGGGGAGGGGCAGUGGGGGCGGGGAGAGGAGAAGGCGGGUGGAUGGGAGACAGCAGCAGUGGCAGCAGUGCAUUUGGAGGGGCCGGUGGUAACCACAUGGAGUGGCAACAGCAGGGGCAGGGGCAGGGGCAGGGGCAGGGGCAGGGGCAGGGGCAGGGGCAGCAUGGCAUGGGUGCAGUGAAGCCCAUCGGCCCUCCCUCCCGCCGCCAGCAGCCCGAACAGGAGGAGCAGCAGAGCAUGAGCAGCAGCAGCAGCACUCACUCCUCUCUGUGGGCCAGCAACCCGCGUGACAUGCUCUUUGGCACGCACUCCGGCCCCCUCUCCUCCUCCCUCUCCUCCUCCCCCGCCUCCUCCUCCCCCUCCUCCUCCACCCCUCUCGCCGCCCCUCCCUCCACCGCACCCAGCCACUCCCCACCCAAACCAUCCCCCUCACCACCCCCGGCGAAACCCCACGUGCAAACCGAGGAAGAGCGGCGGAUGGACCGGCUGAGAGUGUGCUUGCACCGGCUGCUACGUCUAGACGGCAGUGACUGGCUGUUCCGGUAUGACACGGGCAGCGAUGAAGACUUGGUUGCUGCUGUAGCCUACCGGGAGAAACGACUUGCAGGGGAUGCUGCCGCUGCUGUGGCUGUGGGGCUGGGCGGAGGGGGCGGUGGGGGCGGCGGGAGCGGGAAGUGGGGGGGGAUUUUGGAGGGGCAGGCGCAGGGGGGGCAGGGAGGGGGGGGGGAAGGAGGGGGAGAUGGAGCUGCCGCCGUCGAUAUGGGGGUGUGGGGCGCAGUGUGUGUGGGGGCCGCUGCUGGUGGUGUCGUUUGGAGUGUGGUGUGUUCAUCGCGUGCUGGAGCUGCGUGUUGGCAUGAGCGCAGGCAUGGCCAUCACAACAGCCCAUCCCUGUCUGUUACCACUGCCCUCAUCACUCUCCCCUCCCCCGCUCUCCCCAUUCCCCCCUUCUCUACCUUCCCUCUCUCUCCCUUUCCCCCCUCUUUCCAACAUCCACCUCUCUCCCUUCCUCUCUCCCCUUUCCCCUCCCCUCCACCCCUCUCCCUUCCUCUUCCCCCCCAGGGUAUACUGGACCCGGCAUUCUUCCGUCUCCGCACCACGCCGCGCCUCUGCCAGUGCUACGGCGACCGAGCCAACCUCCCAGCCCUCUCCGCGCAGCCGGCCUUCCACGGCGCGCUACUCUCCGCCAUGCUCGGAUCCCAGCUGCCCCUCGCCAACCCCUCCUGGCCCCUCGGCGCACCCCCAGGACAGCCCAAGCCGGCGUCGCCAGCUCUGUUCCUGGAGAGGAUAAGGGAGGUGGAGGUGGCGGUGGGGGCGCGGAAGGGGCGCACGGGCACGGCGGCAGGGGACGUGGCGUUCCCCAAGGGCAAGGAGAACCUCGCCUCCGUGCUCAAGCGGUAUAAGCGCCGCCUGGGGGGCAGGCCGUCAGGGGGAGGGGGAGGGGGAGGAGGGGGAGGAGGGGGCGGAGGGGGAGGGGGAGGGGGGGGAAGAAGGUACUGA